GAUAAACGAAAUAAAAGAGUAAAUCAUAUGAUGUAGCUGUGGGAGAAACUUAGAAAUUUCUUCUUCUUCUUUAAUUGCAGUUUUAUGCUAUAAGUUUAAAUUAAUUAAAAUAAAAUAAUUAACUUUUAUUCCUCUGAGUUCCACACCACCCUCUGCCGCAAGCUCGAGUCCCCUUCGGCAUCAUCCCGAACUUCUCACCGAGAAAGUAUCCCACAUUUUCCUUUCCCCUUUCAUGUUGUCACAAACCCAGUAAUCUAUCUUCCAUGGAAGAUAACAAAGUUUCGAUUUUUCUCUGAUUGGGUAUAAACUGAGCAAACACGCGGUGAAGCAAUGCGCAGAGAGAUCGCGUUUCUCGCACAGCCCCGAUUCCUCCUCCUCUUCCUAGUUCUAUCAGUUUUCCUCAUUUUCGCAUUCUCUGCUUCUAAAUGGAUGGGUGAGGAAACAGAAGAGGAGCCAGAAAUUACGCAUAGAGUAUACUUGGAUAUUGAUAUUGAUAAACAGCGUUUAGGUAGGAUCGUGAUUGGAUUAUAUGGCGAAGUUGUACCAAAAACUGUGGAAAAUUUUAGAGCCUUGUGCACAGGGGAGAAAGGCAAGAGUGCAGGUGGUGUAAAACUUCAUUACAAAGGAACACCGUUUCAUCGAAUAGUAUCUGGUUUCGUGAUUCAAGGUGGGGAUAUUGUUAAUCAUGACGGCAAAGCAUCCGAAUCUAUUUAUGGUGGCACUUUUCCUGAUGAGAAUUUCAGAAUCAAACAUUCUCAUGCUGGUGUUGUCUCUAUGGCUAAUACUGGACCUGAUUCCAACGGUUCACAGUUUUUCUUUACCUCAGUGAAGGCCAGUUGGUUGGAUGGAGACCAUGUUGUUUUUGGCAAGGUUGUUCGAGGCAUGGAUACCGUGUUUGCAAUUGAAGGUGGAGCUGGAACCUAUAAUGGAAAACCCAGAAAGAAGGUAGUGAUUGCGGAUUCCGGAGAGAUACCGAAAAGCAAGUGGGAUGAGGAAACUUGAACUUCCUCAUUUUGGUUAUAGUUUGCUCAUAUCGAACCCCUUUGUUUGAGUUGGCCAAACUGAGUUUCAUUUAUGUAUAACAUGUUUACAAAACCUUGAUUUGGUUGGAUUGUGUUAAACAUGAUUCUGGGUCUGGAAUCUUGAUUUGAUAGGAAAUGAGAAUACCUUAUCACCCCAAAUCAUGGUUUACAACGUACAAAACCAAACGUGCCACAACUUGACACAACAUUGGUUUCCUUUUGUGGAGUUAGUAGUUCUAGUGUGAAAUUGUAACCAAAAAUUGAUGAGUUUCCUAUACGUGUGUAUUUAUUCUAUAUUAUAAUAUGAACUAGGCAGUACAACUUCAGAGUA